AUCCAAAUAUACAAAAUUUUUCGGUUAUUUCGUCACAACAAUUCAGAUCUCUCUAACCGAUUGCGAAUCGUAUUCAGCUAAAUUUAAAUAGCGGGCGUGAAAAAAUGUUGAUGUGAAUAUAUAUUUUUGUAUGCAACACUCUUGUUCAGUCUCAAGUUCUUCCCGCACUCUGGAACCAUCGGUUUAUCCAUAAACUUUAACGGACUCAAUCCAUCAAAAAAUGGCGGAAGCGGAAGAUCAGCAAAUGCAAUUGCUUAAAAGGGCAUUUGGCAUGUUCGACACUGCCAACAGAGGAACAAUUGAUCGCGAAAAAGUGCGCACAAUUUUAACAACACUUGGACAUUCCUACGAUGACAAAGAACUGGAACAAAUGCUAAAGGAUGAAGAUCCGGAAGAAAAUGGAGCUGUAGACAUUGAAGCCUUUUGCCGCGUUGCGUCCCAUUUCUUAGAGAAUGAAGAUGAAGAGGCCAUGCAAAAGGAACUAAAAGAAGCGUUUCGAUUAUAUGACAAAGAAGGCAAUGGUUAUAUUCCCACCUCAAGUCUGCGGGAAAUUCUUGCUGCCUUAGAUGAUCAACUCACUGGCGAUCAGCUUAAUGAAAUGAUUGCUGAAAUCGACACUGAUGCCUCAGGAACAGUAGAUUUCGAAGAAUUCAUGGAGAUGAUGACUGGAGACUAAGGGAUUCAAGUCAAAUAAAACCUCACCUAUAUAAACUUUACCAGCUUGUGUAAUUUGCUGCUGAGUUAAUAAAGGAAAACCGUUAAAUUUUG